CGGGUCCUACGGGGAAAGAGCAAGCGAACUGGGGGGCCGGCGGGACCCACGAGGCCAGAGCCCGGGGCGGGUGGGGGUUCGGGACCGCGUCCGGCGCGCGGGGCGUGCGGGGCGUGCAGGGUCUGGCCCUGAACCUUGCGAGCCGGGCUCCCGCGCCGGCGGUGUCCGUCGUGCAAGGCCUCUCCCCAAGUUGCAUAAUGGCAGAAACUGCUUCUCCACUGAAGCACUUUGUGCUGGCUAAGAAGGCAAUUACUACAAUAUUUGGACAGUUACUGGAGUUUGUUACUGAAGGAUCACAUUUUGUUGAAGCAACAUACAGGAAUCCAGAACUUGAUCGAAUAGCCACUGAGGAUGACCUGGUGGAAAUACAGGGAUAUAAAAAUAAGCUUUCCAUCAUUGGUGAGGUGCUGUCUCGGAGACACAUGAAAGUGGCAUUUUUUGGCAGGACAAGCAGUGGGAAGAGCUCUGUUAUCAAUGCAAUGUUAUGGGACAAAGUUCUCCCUAGUGGGAUUGGCCAUACAACCAAUUGCUUCCUAAGCGUUGAAGGAACCGAUGGAGAUAAAGCUUAUCUUAUGACAGAAGGAUCAGAUGAGAAAAAGAGUGUGAAGACAGUUAAUCAACUGGCCCAUGCCCUCCAUAUGGACAAAGACUUGAAAGCUGGCUGUCUUGUGCAUGUGUUUUGGCCAAAGGCAAAAUGUGCCCUCUUGAGAGAUGACUUGGUUUUAGUAGACAGUCCAGGCACAGAUGUUACAACAGAACUGGAUAGCUGGAUUGAUAAGUUUUGCCUAGAUGCUGAUGUCUUCGUUUUGGUUGCAAACUCUGAAUCAACACUAAUGAACACGGAGAAACAUUUUUUUCACAAAGUGAAUGAGCGACUUUCCAAGCCUAAUAUUUUCAUUCUGAAUAAUCGUUGGGAUGCUUCUGCAUCAGAGCCAGAGUAUAUGGAAGAUGUACGCAGACAACACAUGGAAAGAUGCCUGCAUUUCUUGGUGGAGGAGCUCAAAGUUGUGGAUCGUUCAGAAGCACAAAAUCGUAUUUUCUUUGUUUCAGCAAAGGAAGUUCUUAGUGCUAGAAAGCACAAAAUACAGGGGAUGCCAGAGGGUGGUGGAGCACUUGCUGAAGGAUUUCAGGCAAGAUUACAGGAAUUUCAGAAUUUUGAACAAAUUUUUGAGGAGUGUAUCUCGAAGUCAGCAGUGAAAACAAAGUUUGAACAGCACACUAUCAGAGCUAAACAGAUACUAGAUACUGUGAAAAACAUAAUGGAUUCAGUAAACGUGGCAGCAGCAGAGAAAAGGGUUUAUUCAAUGGAAGAGAGGGAAGACCAAAUUGAUAGACUGGACUUUAUCCGAAACCAGAUGAACCUUUUAACAUUGGAUGUUAAGAAAAAAAUCAAGGAGGUCACUGAGGAGGUAGCAAACAAGGUUUCAUGUGCAAUGACAGAUGAAAUUUGCCGACUAUCUGUUUUGGUUGAUGAGUUUUGUUCUGAGUUUCAUCCUACUCCAAGUGUAUUGAAAGUAUAUAAAAAUGAGUUAAAUAAGCACAUAGAAGAUGGUAUGGGAAGAAAUUUGGCAGAUCGGUGCACCAAUGAAGUCAAUGCCUCAAUGCUUCAAUCCCAGCAAGAAAUUAUUGAAAAUUUGAAGCCAUUACUUCCAGCUGGUGUACAGAAUAAACUUCAUACGCUGAUCCCUUGCAAGAAAUUUGAUCUCAGUUAUGACCUAAAUUGCCAUAAGUUAUGUUCAGAUUUUCAAGAGGAUAUUGUAUUUCGUUUUUCCUUGGGCUGGUCUUCCCUUGUGCAUCGAUUCUUGGGCCCCACAAAUGCUCAGAGGGUGCUGCUUGGAUUAUCAGAGCCUAUCUUUCAGCUUCCUAGAUCAUUAGCUUCAACUCCCACUGCUCCCACCAAUCCAGCAACACCAGAUAAUGCAUCACAGGAAGAACUCAUGGUUACCUUAAUAACAGGAUUAGCUUCUCUUACAUCUAGAACUUCUAUGGGCAUCAUAGUUGUUGGAGGAGUGAUUUGGAAAACUAUAGGGUGGAAACUCAUAUCUGUUUCAUUGAGUAUGUAUGGAGCUUUGUAUCUUUAUGAAAGGCUAACUUGGACCACCCAUGCCAAAGAAAGAGCCUUUAAACAGCAGUUUGUGAACUAUGCAACUGAAAAACUGCAGAUGAUUGUUAGCUUCACAAGUGCAAACUGCAGCCACCAAGUACAACAAGAAAUGGCUACUACUUUUGCUCGCCUGUGCCAACAAGUUGAUAUUACUCAAAGACAUCUGGAAGAAGAAAUUGCUAGAUUAUCCAAAGAAAUAGAUCAGUUGGAGAAAAUACAAAACAAUUCAAAGUUCUUAAGAAAUAAAGCUGUGCAACUUGAAAAUGAGUUGGAGAAUUUUACUAAGCAGUUUCUACAUUCAAGCAAUGAAGAUCUUAAACAAUAGAGGUUGCUUUGGUGAACGUCAUAGGAGGAAAUGGAACCUGGAAGAUUUGGAGAGUUGUUAUUUUUAUGAAUUGACUUCAAUAUGAAUUAUACUAUAAUUAAGUGGCAAAUCCCUGUGUAGAUUCUGGUAAUGAUCUAUCCCAGGGUGUUUGCGUUUCAGAAGAGUAGUAGAAUAUGUUCUUAGUUUUAAUUUGGGGUAAAGACUAAGUUGUUUGUGUUAAAUAAUGAAUUAGUUAAAAGCAACAGAACCAACUUUGUGACCCCUGAGGGGUGGGUCCUUGAGCUCUUUAAUUGGGGCUUUCUUUGUUUUUGAUUCUGAAAAACUCUGCUUCCUGGCAUCCAGGAGUUAGAGAGUGAUCCUUUCCUCUUCUUUUUCAAAACUAAUUUUUGAUGCCUUCUUUAAUGGGAAUAGUCAACAUUUUGUUUUGUUUUAUAAGCUGCAUUACUCUAACCUCCAAGGAUUGUGGAAUGUUCUUGAGUGUACUAUUUAUGCAGGUUACAAUCACUUUUGCCAUCAUGGCAAGUAUGUAAACCAACUAAUAAAUAUGCUGUUUUUACCCCUUCUUUUAUUCCCAUUAAAACUGAUGUAAAACAGUAUAAAGAUUUGUUAUUAUAGUUACUUACAACAGUAUCUGGAUCUAAAUAGUUUCCUUAUCUGUUUUUUAAGAAACAUUUUCAACUUUGCUCCAGUUAGGAGUCCAGUAAGGAAAGCUUUUCUAUCUUAGUUUGAGGGGUAGAGUUUGAUGUGAUAAAAAUAGCCAAAGAUAUAGGAGGUCUGCAUUUUGGUUGAUAACAGUAAUAUUUAAAAACUGUUCUUCAGAAGGCACUUGCCUAUAACUGCUGGAUUAUCCCCCACUGGAAGCUUUUACUUUUAUUUAAUUACAUGAAUUUGCCUUGGCUCCAUUAAAAAUUAAUAUUGUAUUUUUACCUUGAUGAAAUGUUCAUGGGUUCAAGUAUUGUAUCUGCUUCUGUAUGAAAAACUGAUUGAAACUUAUAUGGAGAUAUUAAAAAAUGACAUCCUGGGACCUUGCUAUAAAAAAUAAAAGUACCACCAGAUCAGCAUCA